AUGGAGGUCAUGGUGUACAGGAAACGUGAGCGCAGGAAGUACAGCCCCCUGGCCACCGACAAGACCGUCUUCUUCGUCACAGGUGAAUCCCUGUUUACACUUCAUGUCUACUCCCCAAGCAUCACUGGGACGGGUCUCAAUCCGCAACCUUGCUUCCUCCCAUCUACUAUCGCUCCUUCCCCUUGUACAUCUUAUAGGACACCAAGCCCUUAGUCAGGUGGAGAUUUAGCGCUUUGUUGCUUUCACUUAUUCAAAUCUUUUUAGACAGUUAAGGAUUUUAUGAUUGGAACAAAGGCCGAUAGUGUGUUCCAAAAGGCACCCUAUUCCCUAUAUAGUGCACUACUUUUGACCAGACCCCUAUGGGUGUAAUGCACUGCACUCUUAGAAAAAAGGGUUCCAAAAGGGUUCUUCGGUUGUCCCCAUAGGAGAAACCUUUUUGGUUCUAAUUAGAACCGUUUUUGGUUCUAGGUAGGACCCAUUAGGGUUCCAUAUAGAACCCUAUGUGAAAAGGGUUCUACAUGGAACCCAAAAGGGUUCUACCUGGAACACAAAUGGUUAUUCAAAGGGUUCUCCUAUGAGGACAGCCAAAGAACCUUUUUAGGUUCUAGAUACAUUACAUGCUCAAAAGUAUGUGGACAUCCCUUUCAAUUAGUGGAUUCAGCUAUUUCAGCCACAUCCGUUGCUGACAGGUGUAUAAAAUCGAGCACACAGCCAUGCAAACGCCAUAGACAAACAUUGUCAGUUGAAUAGCCCGUACUGAAGAGCUCAGUGACUUUCAACGUGGAACCAUCAUAGGAUGCAACCUUUCCAACAAGUCAGUUCGUCAGAUUUCUGCCCUGCUAGAGCUGCCCCGGUCAACUGUAAGUGCUGUGUGAAGUGGAAACAUCUAGGAGCAACAACGGCUCAGCCGUGAAGUGGUAGGCCACACAAGGUCACAGAACGGGACCGCCGAGUGCUGAAGCUAGUAGCGUGUAAAAAUCGUCUGACCUCGGUUGCAACACUCACUACCGAGAUCCAAACUGCCUCUGGAAGCAACGUCAGCACAAUAACUGUUAGUCGGGAGCCUCAUGAAAUGGGUUUCCAUGGCCGAGCAGCCGCACACAAGCCUAAGAUCACCAUGCGCAAUGCCAAGCAUCGACUGGAGUGGUGUAAAGCCCGCCGCCAUUGGACUCUGGAGCAGUGGAAAUCGCGUUCUCUGGAGUGAUGAAUCACGCUUCACCAUAUGGCAGUCCGACAUACGAAUCUGGGUUUGACGGAUGCCAGGAAAACGCUACCUGUCCCAAUGCAUAUAUUGCCAACUGUAAAGUUUGGUGGAGGAGGGAUAAUGGUCUGAGGCUGUUUUACAUGGUUCGGGCUAGGCCCCUUAGUUCCAGUGAAGGGAAAUCUUAACACUACAGCAUACAAUGACAUUUUAGACGAUUCUGUGCUUCCAACUUUGUGGCAACAGUUUGGGGAAGGCCCUUUCCUGUUUCAGCAUGAUAAUGCCCCCGUGCACAAAGCGAGGUCCAUACAGACAUGGUUUGUUGAGAUCAGUGUGGAAGUACUUGACUGGCCUGCACAGAGCCCUGAUCUCAACCCCAUCGAACACCUUUCGGAUGAAUUGGAAUGCUGACUGCGAGCCAGGCCUAAUCGCCCAACAUCAGUGCCCGACCUCAUUAAAGCUCUUGUGGCUGAAUGAAAGCAAGUCCCCGCAGCAAUGUUCCAACAUCUAGUGGAAAGCCUUCCCAGAAGAGUGGAGGCUGUUAUAGCAGCAAAGGGGGGACCAACUCCAUAUUAAUGCCCAUGAUUUUGGAAUGAGAUGUUUGAAGAGCAUACUUUUGGCUAUGUUGUGCAGCUCCUUUUUUUUCCUAAGAGUGUACAUAGCGAAAAGGGUGCCAUUUGGGAAGCAACCAUAGUCUGUCUCUCUUACACAUCACCUGGUCCUUCCUCAGGAGGGAUGCAGAAGUACAGAAGAGAAUGUAUAGCUGAAUUGAUGCAUCAUGUCUAAGCGUUUCUCGUUAACCUUUACCCCUUCACAGACAAGAUCCCCGUGGCGGUGAAUAUUUCCCAGAAGGCAGCAGCCAACCUGUCAGAGAGCGUGUUUGUGCGUGGCGAGGACGUGGUGUUCAGUGUGUCGGUUCACGACCCCAGUAACUACCUGAAGACUGCCGACGCCGUCGACUACAUCUGGGACUUCAAGGACGGCAACCAGCUGGUCACCCAUAGCAACGUGGCCACACACACCUACAGCGCGGUCGGCGAAGUCAACGUGAAGCUGACGGUGGAGGCGGCUUUCAAGAUCCCGUGCCCCCCGCCCACACCGAUGAGUGUUACCUCGCAGCAGACUACAGGUACACACUCUUGAGUCACAGUUACACAAAUCUAGAAGAAGGUAUGUACAUAGUACACACACUAAUGAGCUUCACCUGCAGCGUACUACUGCCACACAUGCCUGGAAUAAGGUGAUUUUGGACUGAUUGAGCAGCAGACACAUUUCCAUCUUUGGAGAGUUGUAUCAUAGCUCUCUUUUUCGCUAGCAAAAUGGAAACAACCCAUGGUUAUGGUAAGAGUUAACUCUAUAAUGUGUAUUGAAUAGAAGUGUCUGCCAGAGUGUAUGAGGAAAUGCUUUCUCUUGUGAGUUUAGUUCUAUUCAGCUGACAUAAACUGUCCAAAUUCGACUGUCUCGUUUCCAGUGUCAGUCACCACUGCCGGACCCACCUCCAAGGGCUCCAACACACCUGUUCCCGGGACAACGGGCUUCCCGACGACAGAGCCCCUCCCCCCGACGGUGGCUGAUGUGACCCAGGGGUUCAACCCGACCUUGCUGCUGCCAGCUGUCCCCACACCCAUGGCCCAGCUCCAUCACAGACACCUGGCGGCCACCGACUGCUUCCGCUACCUCUACGGAACUUUCCAGACCGACAUCACUGUCAUUGGUGGGUGCAUGACAAUGGGAUGUCAAACUGAUAACAAUCAGUGAAGUCAGAUAGUCAGUCAAUUAGCCCCUCAGUUAUCAGUCUAUACAAAUAUAAAGCUUGUACACCUUGCACUUUACCCUAUCACAGAGCACCUAAUCAACAGCCAGCCAGCCAAUCGGAUCGUGGACGUAUCUGCUGCCAAGGUGACCAACACUGACAUCAGCUUCCUGGUCAAGUGCCUGGGCAGGUGAGUGGAACACAAUUGGACAUUGCUAAGGCAACCCUCAGAAAAUUUUAAUUUGAAGUGAAUAUUAGCACACAAACCACUCCAUAGUUUCCCCAUCCAUCUACCAUAACCACCUCUCUCCUCCUCUCCCUCCCGUAGCACUCCCACCUCAGCCUGCACCAUCGUGUCGGACCCCUCCUGCCGCCAGGUGAGGAACAUCGUGUGUGACGACGUGCCCCCGUCUUCGGGGUGCGAGGUGCACCUGCGGAGGACCUUCCUGGAGCCGGGGACCUACUGUGUCAACAUCACCCUGGAGGACGCCAGCAGUCUGGCCCUCGCCACCACCACCAUCACCAUCAGCAACACUGACCCUGACACACCCGGUAGGUCACAGGGAUAGACCCUGAGGUAUUAUUGGCAGCGUUGCAGGCGGACUACUUUACACACGUCUGCCAGAUCUCACAAUGUCUGGAUAGGUGUUUACCAUAAUUAGUUAACCACAUCAUCUGAUACAGCAAUCUGAUGACCGACUGUGCAAUGUCUGCUGCAAUGUUGUGAACGUGUGUAUAAGUGCAAGUCGUAGUUGGAAAUUUUCAUUUUGUUGUCUAGGUUUUGUUUAAUAGUGCUUGUGCUAAGUUUGCACCUGAUACUAAAGUGCUUUCCUUCUCCUGAUCUCAUACCUAUAUUUCUUCUUUCCACUCCUUUCUACUUCUUUCCCUUCCUCUCCCCUUCCGUUCCCUGCCUCUCCUCGAUCCCACCUCUCUAUCCAUUUCCCUUCCUUUUUCUUACCUCUCUCCCUUUUGUAGUGUCUAAAGCUCCUCAUGCUGCAGAGGUUGUCCUCUCCUCCAGUGCUAUCCUGGUAGCCAUCUUUACCUUCAUCGCCUUCAUAGUCUACAAGUAAGUCAAGCCACAGUGUUCCACACGCUCACGCCUAUUACCAAGCUUCCCUUACUCAUGAUCUCUCUCCUCCAUCUCUCUCCCAUCCCCCUCUACCCCAUUUCUCUCCCCUCCUCUCUCCCCCCUCCAUCUCUUUCCUCUUCCCUAGGCGCUAUAAGGUCUACAGACCUGUGAGGAGGUCCCUGGUGGAGGAUGCCAGCGGCCAUGUUGAGGGCAGAGGUCGUAUGGGCCGGCUGAGGGAGGUCAUAUUCCCCGCCAACGAGGAGAGUCGCCGCCUGCUGACGGACAGAUGCCCCCUGUAGACCCUCGACGGUACUACAGAAGGGAAGCAAAGAGAAAUAGAAUUAAUAGAGCUUACUCAAUAUCCUUUCCUAACUGACAGACUAGUGUAUCUGUUCUACACCAUACAUUUCUAUCUGAAUGUUCUGUAACGUUAUAUAAUCCUGAGCAGGCCACAGGGUUUUUACUCAGAGUUUCUUUAGUACCAAAUUAUACGUUUAGCACAUUUAUAUAAAUGCAUCACAAAGAUGAUAUCUAUACCAAUAACCAAGAGAACUUCCUCACAUUUUAGUGUGUGUCUAGGUAAGAUAG